UGUGAAUGCAGCAUGUGUUCAGACAGCGGAAGCUGAGCAGCAUCAGGAUCAGGAUGGGCGGCUAGCAGCUGGUUUGCGUCUCUGCAUUAACAGCAGCAUCCCCGUGAAGCUCGAUGACAGACCCACUGAAAUCCUCCUAAGCAGAAAACCACAGAAGAAGAAGUAACAGGGAGGAAGAUGGACUCCAUCUCUAUGAUGGGCAGCAGCAGGAGCCCUGUGUUCCUCACAGCCUCCUCCUCCCACCACCUGCACCAUGCCCAGGCCUGUUUCCUGCCCAAUGGCAUGAAGAACGGAGUUGGAGUUGGAGACGCAGGGACCGCCUGCCUGCCUGCCCAGCCCACAGUGGCCAUCCUGGGCUCAGGUGACUUCUCCAAGUGCCUGACUAUCCGCCUGCUGCGCUGUGGCUUCCGUGUGGUAGUGGGCAGCCGCCAUCCCAAACUGGCAGCCCAGUCAUUUCCCCAUGUGGUGGAUGUGACACACCAUGAAGACGCAGUGGGAAAGGCCAGCAUCGUGUUCCUGGCAAUCCGCCGUGAGCACUACUCUGUCCUGUGGGACCUCAAGCAUCUACUGGAAGGCAAGAUCCUGGUGGAUGUGAGUAACAACAGGAGGGUGGACCAGUAUCCAGAGUCUAACGCUGAGUAUCUGGCUUCACUGCUGCCAGACUCCAUCGUGGUCAAAAGCUUCAACGUCAUCUCAGCCUGGGCCAUGCAGCAGAGUUGCCCUAAAGAUGCCAGCACACAGGUGUUCAUCUGCGGUGACUCGGUGGAGGCCAGACAGCAUAUUAUGGAACUAGCCCGCCAGCUCAACUUCCAGCCGGUGGAUAUGGGCGCCCUGUCUUCUUCGCGGGAAAUUGAGAACAUGCCCAUACAGUUAUUUCCUGGCUGGAAGGGUCCCGUCCUUGCUGCCGUGGCCCUCUCCAUCUUCUUUUUUGCCUACUCUUUUGUACGAGAUAUCAUCCACCCAUAUAUGAAAUACAAGCAGAGUGACUUCUACAAGAUCCCCAUAGAGAUGGUGAACCGAACACUGCCCACUGUUGCAAUCACUCUCUUGGCCCUGGUGUACCUGGCAGGCCAGCUGGCAGCCGCCCACCAGCUCUAUUAUGGUACCAAGUACAGGCAUUUCCCACACUGGCUAGAGGGCUGGCUGCAGAGCCGGAAACAGCUGGGCCUCCUCAGCUUCUUCCUGGCUGCUGUUCAUGUUCUUUACAGCCUCUGUCUGCCCAUGAGGAGGUCUGAGAGAUACCUGCUGCUCAACACCGCCUACCAGCAGAUCCAUGCUAAUGUGGAGAAUGCGUGGAAUGAGGAGGAGGUGUGGAGGGUGGAGAUGUACGUUUCCUUUGGGAUCAUGAGUCUCGGGCUCUUGUCACUCCUGGCCAUCACCUCCAUCCCCUCUGUCCAUAGCACACUCAACUGGAGGGAGUUCAGCUUCAUACAGUCCACUCUGGGCUACAUCGCCCUGCUCAUUGCUACCUUCCACGGCCUGCUGUUUGGCUGGAAGCGAGCCUUUGAGGAAGAAGCCUACCGUUUCUACCUGCCCCCCAGCUUCGUGGUGGCCCUUGUCCUGCCAGUAUGUGUCAUACUGGGGAAGGUGCUGAUGCUGCUCCCCUGUGUGGCCCGCAAGCUCCACCGGAUCCGCCAGGGCCAGGAUAGCAGUCAGUACCGGUGCCAGCGCCUGGAGCCGGUAGGCUCAGCAGCCCACAUUUCACCUGAAAGAGUCACCAUCAUGUGAUUGAUGCAGCACUGUCUGCUUCUUCAUUGGGAUUUUUACAUAUACUGCCAUAGUUAGCUGUUUUAUUGAGCAAAUUAACACUAUUUAUUCAUGUGAUUCUCAUUGAGAGGGCAUAUUAUUCUUACUAUGUUACUGUGAACAGUUUUUGCUGACAUGUGAAUUGUGUACUUGUGUACUUAUUAGCUGUUACUACUCACUAUAACUACUGACCUUGUAUGACUAUGAAUGUUACAGUUUGCCCAUCUAGAUUGUAAAAUGGAAUAUUCUUCCCUUGACAAUAUGCUCUAAGUCCUUUGCCAAUAUUUUCCCCAAUGUGAACUCUGUGAAAACAGUUGUAUAAUGUCUUCUGUGGCUUUGUCAAGUCUAUGAAAAUAACCCUGAUGAUGUUAUAGUGUCAAGGAGGGUGGAGACUACAGCUUUAUAACAGAAAGCCUGUGUUUUAAAAUGGGGGGCAUGGACUUGGGACAUGGAAGAUGUGGGUGUUUACUAGGCAGAGAUGGUCAAAUGAAAAGACACUACUCAGUUGCAUCAUGGGAAGUGUAGGAUCCAGUGUUUCUGGAGCUUACUACUGAGUUGCAUUGUGGGAAGUACAGUCCAGUGUUUUUGACCUAUAUUAGAGACUAAAAGUCAGGACAUCUCAGCUUCAGCUGCACUGAUUUUUGACCAUUCUUUUUUUUUAUCUGUCAACUUUAAUUAUGUACAGUAUAUCUGCUUGUAGGUUGACACAUUUCAUACAAUACAAAUAUCUUUGCUUUUAUUCUUACAGCUCACAACAAUAUAACAUUGAAUUGGCAAAUGUGUAUGCAACAUAGAAGAAAUCCUUUAUUUAUCAGAUUGGAGAACAUUACUAGUUACUAUUAUCUCCGUCAAUGCUUGAAAAUGUUCUCAUUUUUGGUGACAAUGUCACACCUCAAACUGUCAAGAAGUGUUUUGAGGUUUUUGUUGAUUCUGUAUCACUAUGUUAUGUUUUUCUGACUUUCAUGUCUGUCUUACUGUACCACUGAAUAUUGUGUCCAUCUGUCAUGCUCUAAUCAAUGAGCUCCAUGGCUUUGAUUAAGAAUUUAACAGACACUAUUAUAACAGUGUUAUUUGUGACAGACAUUUUAUUGAAUGCAGGCAGCUUAGCUUAGCUGACAGCACAACCACAGGAACUGAUGCAGUUAGUGAAGCUGUAUCAAAACUGAAUUAUGAAAUAGAUGUAUGUGUACCAUUUCCAUCAGCACUGUUACGUUUAACUUUGUGGGCUGAUGUAACAAAACUUCUGCUGUUUCCUACAGCAGGAAGAUGAUCAAUGAACUGCUCAGUUCAUUAAUUUUAUUGAGUUCACCAAUACAUUUACUAUUCUGACACUCCUUCCAAGAACUUAGAAAAACUUUUAAAUCAGUCCAUGAUUUCACUUGCAUUACCAUGUAGCAGUAAUGUGACAAUAGGAAAUAAAAAAUAUAAUGUUCACUGUGAUCAUCAA